CCGGCCACCGCCAAAAUGAAACAACAUGAUCACCGACUCGGAUGAAUCCUCCCAUCGCCACCACUGCUAAAACCAUAUCUUCCGGUGGCCACUAGUGCUUCACCUUUCUCAUGCCUUAUUUUGGCUUAAUUUUCUAACCCCCCAAAUAAUUGCUUACUUGUUUCACCUGAUGAAACAAAGAACAUGAUCACUGAAUUGACUGCUGCCGCCAUCACCGCUGCCGGUAGACUUCCUUAUACUUUCCACCGCCGUGGCUUCACCAAACCAGCAGCUUAUUUUAUCAUCAUCCUCCUAUCCUACUACCUUGGCUACUUAUCAGCUCUUUUAAAGAAUCCAUCAUAUGAUCCAAACCACUUCUUCUCCACCACCGAUAAAGUCAACCCACCAUCACAAACUGCCGAUACCGACCACUACCAAUUCCAGACUCACUGUGCUAACCCGGUUCCUUCCCAACUCGUCCGCCAAACAAUCCUUACCCGCAUCUUCAACGGGACAUCUCCUUAUGAAGGUUUCCCUCAACCCCAUAUCAAACCUCUCUUACGCCAUAAGAGAAUCAAAGGUUGGGGAUCAACUGGAGCCGUCUUCGAGAACCUCAUCCGUGAAGUACAACCCAAAACCAUCAUAGAGAUAGGCACCUUCCUUGGCGCCUCUGCUAUCCACAUGGCCGAGUUGACUCGUCAACUCGGCCUCGACACUCGGAUUCUAUGCAUAGAUGAUUUUCGUGGUUGGCCAGGUUUAACACAUCGGUUUCGAGACAUUAAAAUGAUAAAUGGCGACACCAUGUUGUUGUACCAAUUCAUGCAAAAUGUGGUUCAGGUUAAUGCAACCGAAGCCAUUAUAUUUUUACCCUUCUCGACUCAGUCAGCUCUCGAGAAGCUCUGCGAGUGGGGUGUGUUUGGGGACCUGAUUGAAAUCGAUGCAGGCCAUGAUUUUCACUCGGCUUGGUCGGACAUCAAUCGUGCUUAUAAGUUGUUAAAGCCAGGUGGAGUUAUUUUUGGGCACGACUAUUUUACAGUUGCGGAUAAUAGAGGUGUUAGAAGAGCAGUAAACAUGUUUGCCCGAGUACAUGGCUUUCGAGUUAAGGCCGAUGGACAGCACUGGGUGCUUGCUUCACUCUAACAGGCCUUUUGUUAUCCAUGUACCUUUAAUGUAAACAUACCUAAAGGCCAAACUUAGUGCAUCAACACACCUCAGGUUUGCAGUCAACUCUUCCCUUGUAAAUUUCUCAAAGGAAAACUGCUUCGAUAAGAAAAAUGCUGUCCAUAGGAAGCACCAAUGUUUGGUACGCAGACGGAACUGGACAGGCGAGAGUGAGGUAGGCGGGUGAAAGAAUUGUGCAAGGGUUUAGGUUUUAAUUUGACAUCGAUAGUUCAAUAAUUUACCAAUUUAGUCUAUCUUCUUGAUUUUUGUUCGACCUAUUUUGGUGGGACAAAAAAAAUUCCUUUUUGCCCCACUCAGUCCUGUCAUCUCCCGGUCUUAAUGUUGAACCAAACGUGGGACAAGAAGUUUUUGGCAUAGUCAUGUACCGUCAUGUCUCGCGUACCAAACACAGCUUAGUGCGGACUCCCUAAGACUGUCAACUAAGAUCUGAAACAGAGGGCUCAAGUUUUGAUUCUGAUAGGAUACUGCAGAUAUUUGUUAUGGAUCACGUCCUCCUUUGGAAGGAGGCUUGUGCGGUUUAAGCGUAUUGGAUGGUGAAUUCGAACGUGAUGAACACAAUCGGCUAAUAAUUCUGAAAAGCAAUACAUAUGGUAUAGCAAGUAAGAGAGAAAGGUGUUAGAAAAAAAAAAGAUACAGGUGUUAGAAAAAGUGCUCUUUCGCUGUUUUUGGACACAUAUAUUAAUGUGGAUCUGUGAUCCAUUUGUUUAGUAUUUUAUAUGGUUGUUUUCUCCUCCGGGAGAGCUACAUAAUGCUGUAAAGAUUGUCCUACACGGAGAUUAAAUGAAUGAGAAAUUGAAUCUCAAAAAGUGGUGGCAUUGAAGUGGGUUAUAAGUGUUGUUUGUGAGAAAGGUCUGUCCCACAUAGCUAGGAUCUAGAACUUGAAAGGUUUUUUUAUAUAGCAUGGCUAAAAUGAGAGAGGAUCAUUUAUAUAGCAUGGCUCUAAUGAAGAAGUU